AUGCCGCGUGAUCUACAGAAUUCGUUACUAUUUGAAGUGGCUACGGAGGUUGCCAACAGGGUUGGUGGUAUCUACAGCGUGUUGAAGUCGAAGGCGCCGGUGACGGUGGCUCAGUACAAGGACAAUUAUACUCUGAUCGGGCCUUUGAAUUUGGCGACAUACCAGGGCGAGGUGGAGCAGAUUGAUUGGAGUUCGAAAGAGGCGUUCGAUGAAGAUUUGAGGCCGAUUCAGAGCGUUCUGUUUUCGAUGCAGUCGCGUGGAGUGCGGUUUGUGUACGGGCGGUGGUUGAUCGAGGGUUCGCCCCGCGUGCUGCUGUUCGAGCUGGCGUCGGUGGCGGGAUAUCUGAACGAGUGGAAGGGCGAUCUUUGGUCGCUUGUGGGGAUUCCGUCGCCAGAGAAUGAUGUGGAGACCAACGACGCGAUCCUGUUGGGCUACACUGUAGCGUGGUUUCUGGGCGAGCUGGCGCAUACGGACCACCACCACGCGAUCAUCACGCACUGUCACGAGUGGCUGGCCGGGGUGGCUCUACCGCUGUGUCGCAAGAGACGUAUCGACGUGGUGACCAUCUUCACCACGCAUGCGACUUUGCUGGGGCGGUACCUCUGUGCAGCGGGUAACGUCGAUUUCUACAACAGCUUGUCAAGUAUUGAUGUGGACCAGGAGGCCGGGAAGCGUGGUAUCUACCACCGCUACUGCAUUGAGCGGGCGGCGGCUCACACUGCGGAUGUGUUCACUACGGUGUCGCAGAUCACCGCUCUGGAGGCGGAACAUCUGUUGAAGAGAAAACCGGACGGGAUCUUGCCAAACGGGUUGAACGUUGUCAAGUUUCAGGCGGUGCACGAGUUUCAGAACCUGCAUGCUAUCAAGAAGGAGAAGAUCAACGAGUUUGUGAGAGGCCAUUUCCAUGGCAGUCUGGACUUCGAUCUGGACAACACGCUGUAUUUCUUCACAGCGGGCAGAUACGAGUACAAGAAUAAGGGAGCCGAUAUGUUUAUCGAAGCUUUGGCCCGUCUGAACUAUAGGAUGAAAGUUUCGGGCUCGAAGAAAACGGUCGUGGCGUUCAUCAUCAUGCCUGCCAAGAACAAAUCUUUCACCGUGGAAGCGCUCAGAAGUCAGGCCGUUGUGAAAGCGCUGGAGAAUUCGGUCAAUGAAGUGACCAGCCUGAUCGGAAAGAGAAUCUUCGAGCGCGCCAUUAGGUAUCCUCAUAUGGGGAUGCAUUCCGAGAUCCCCACUGACCUUGAUGAAUUGCUGAAGAAUUCGGAUAAGGUGCUGCUGAAGAAACGUGUGCUAGCGUUGAGGAGACCUGAUGGCGAAUUGCCUCCCGUAGUCACCCAUAACAUGGUCGAUGACGCGAACGAUCCGAUCCUCAAUCAGAUCAGACAUGUCCAGUUAUUCAACCAUCCAAGCGAUCCGGUGAAGAUCAUUUUCCAUCCAGAGUUUUUGAGCGCCAACAAUCCAAUCUUGAGUUUAGACUAUGAUGAGUUUGUCCGUGGUUGCCACUUGGGUGUCUUCCCAUCGUAUUACGAGCCCUGGGGGUACACUCCUGCCGAAUGUACCGUCAUGAGUGUUCCUUCUAUCACAACCAAUUUGUCUGGUUUCGGAGCUUAUAUGGAAGACCUUAUUGAGACGGAUCAGGCCAAGGAUUAUGGUAUUUAUAUCGUGGAUCGCCGUUUCAAAUCCCCAGACGAGUCUGUCGAACAGCUAGUCGACAACAUGGAAGAAUUUGUCAAGAAGAACAGAAGACAGAGAAUUAACCAAAGAAACAGAACGGAAAGGUUAUCCGAUUUACUUGAUUGGAGACGAAUGGGGUUGGAAUACGUGAAGGCAAGGCAAUUGGCCUUGCGUAGGGCUUACCCAGAUCUUUUCAAGCAAUUGGUGGGCGAAGAAUUAAACGAUGCUAAUAUGGACGCUUUAGCUGGCGGUAAGAAACUAAAGAUUGCAAGACCUUUAAGUGUUCCCGGGUCCCCACGUGAACCAAGAUCCAAUAGUGCUGUUUACAUGACCCCUGGCGAUCUGGGUACUCUGCAAGACGCUAAUAAUGCAGACGAUUAUUUCAGGCUCGGUGCCGGCAAUGAUGACGACCAGGACUCAGACGGCGACAGCUGA